CCUUGAGAACUCUGCCAGAGCCCAACAGCCACCUUGAGAAGCCUGUGCCCCACGGCCCUGCUUGUAUCCCCAAGGGGCGCUGGGAAGGAGGCACCUGUCUGACUGGGGCUCUGCUUCUGGUCGUCCUCUCCUCUGUUUGCUGCCCAGCAUGGCCAGCUGCUUGGCACCCGCGUUGCUGCUGCUACUGCUUCUAGGGUCACCGAGCGCUGUCGCACCGAACCGAUGCGUGGACGCGGCCGACGCGUGCACCGCGGAUGCGCGAUGCCAGCGGUUGCGCACCGCGUACGUGGUGCAGUGCCUGGGUCGGGCCGCGCCGGGGAACUGCCCCCGCGCCCGCUGCCGCCGCGCCCUGCGCCGCUUCUUCGCCCGCGGGCCGCCCGAGCUUACCCACGCGCUGCUCUUCUGCCCGUGCGGCGGCCCCGCAUGCGCCGAGCGCCGGCGCCAGACCUUCGUGCCCUCCUGCGCCUUCUCGGGUCCUGAACCGGCCCCGCCCUCCUGCCUCGCGCCCUUAGACGCCUGCGAGCACAGCCGGGUCUGCAGGCCCCGCCUCUUGGCCUUCCAGGCCUCCUGCGCGCCUGCCCCCAGUAACCUGGACGGCUGCCUUCGAGACCAGGUCCCCAGCUGCCUGCGCGCCUACGCCAGCCUCGUGGGCACCGCCGUCACCCCCAACUACGUGGACAACGCAAGCGCGCGCGUGGCGCCCUGGUGCGACUGCGGAGCCAGCGGAAACCGGCGCGAGGAGUGCGAAGUCUUCCGGGGGCUCUUCACAAGGAACCGCUGCUUGGAUAGAGCCAUACAGGCCUUUGACGGUGGGUGGCCCUCAGUCCUACACGGCCAGCUGGACCCCCACCAGGACCCUGAGCACAGCCUCCUACCGGUGUCCUCUGCAGAUGCGUCCCUGGAGGGGAGCUCCAUGCUCUCCGUGCUCCCUGUUCUGGCUCUCCAGCCCCUGCUCUGACGAGGACAGCAGACCUUGGACAACAGCCAACUGUCCCACCCUGCCUGGGAUACUGGGCCUCGUUGGUGACCUACUGCCCCACUGAAAAGGGACUGGCUUACCUCCCCAGUGCUCUUGCCCUACUGCCCUUUGCAGGUCUGAACACUUUUAUCAUGCUUUAAGGGUAGACUUAACCAGACUUGUAGGCAAAACUCCCUCUGAACAGACUUGUAGGCAAAACUCCCUCUACUACUCCAGCCGUCAUGGCAUCCUCCCAGGUAGGCACCACCCAUCGUGAUAGCCACCUGCACCCCAUAACUAACGUUGUCAGAGUGUUUCCUGUCCACGAUAUGCUGCUUGUUGGACACCACCUAGAGUGAGAAUCCAGUUCCCUACAUUGCACUGGUCAUAUGGCCACCUUCCCAGUGGU